CGUUAAUAUAAUUAGUUUUUAGAUAGUCAGUUUUCGUAUACAUAGUCGAUUUUGUGAUAUAGUCAGUUUUCGUAUAAUAUGAUUUUUUUUUCUUGAUAUAGGUUAUUUUUGUGUAAUAAAAUCAGUUUGAUACACAAUAAAUUAUUAUAAACCCGAUUCACAAUUCUCAAAACAAUUCAAUAUUAAAAAAAAAUUAACCCAAAACACUUUAAUCUGUCCAAAAUUACAAUAGAUGCGACCAAUUUAUACACCAUUUCGGUCCAAACACCCUUUAUAGUUUGAUACACAAUAAAUUAUUAUAAAUCCGAUUCACAAUUCUCAAAACAAUUCAAUGUUAAAAAAAAAUUAACCCAAAACACUUUAAUCUGUCCAAAAUUACAAUAGAUGCGACCAAUUUAUACACCAUUUCUGUCGAAACACCCUUUAUAGCUUUAUCCUGAUCCCCUUCACUUAAUAGAACGUGGCUAAUGGUUCCUUUCAAUUAGAAAAAGUCUGUCUCAACUCUCAAUUCCAUUAUAUGUAGACAUGUAGUUAACGUGGCCAAGGGUAUGGUAUACUUUCAAGUUUCAACUAGAAAGUUAACCCAUCAAAGAACAUAUAUCUCCCUCCCUCUUUUUUCUCUGUUUUUGUUCAUAGUACUAGUACAAGAACCCAAACAAGUCAGGUGAUCUUAAUGGGGGAUAAAAGGACGGCAAAUCCGACGGCGUUGAAGCAGGUGGCGCGAUGGAUUCGCAGCCGAUCAGUGAGGCAGAAAGUAAGCAUGGGCGUCAUUGCAGCAUUGGUGUUGCUGCUGUUGUUGAAACUUUUUGUGACAAGCCAAACUCACUUCUUUAUUGCGGCUCAAACAUCUCAUGCUAUUGGCAUCUUACUCUUAGUUUACAAGCUCACUGUCACCAAAACUUGUUCUGGUCUAUCAUUGAAGACUCAGGAGCUCACGAUGAUAUUCUUGAUCAUGAGAAUUAUAUGUUACUUUACACUGUUGGAGGAAUUACACGUUUUGCUUGAUUGUAUAAGCCUUGCAUCUACUCUAUGGGUCAUCUAUAUGAUGCGAUUUAAGUUGAAGAACACCUACAUGCAAAAGUUUGACAACAUGCCUUUGUAUUACGUGUUGGUGCCCUGUGCCGUGGUUGCAUUAAUAGGCCAUCCUGGAUGGCAAUCUGAAGUUAUCUUCAGAUUCUUCUAUAUGUAUUUUACAACAAUCGAAGCCAUUUCAGUUCUUCCUCAGCUUCGUUUAAUACAAAAUGCCAAGAUGGUAGAACCGUUUACCGAUCACUAUGUCUUUGCAUUGGGUGUUUCAAGAUUCUUCUCGUGCGCAAAUUGGAUAAUCAUUCUUAUCGACACAAAAGGAGGUCUACUAAUGCAAAUAGGGCAAGGACACUUUUACUUACUAGUAAUUCUUCUCUCUGAGGUGGUCCAAACUUUCAUCUUGGCGGACUACUGUUAUUACUACGUCAAGAGUGUGGUGGAGGGACAUCGCAUGGUGAGGCUACCUUCACUAGUCUGAGUAUGAUAUGUUGCGAGGUGCAGUAAUGAACUGUGUUUAUGGAGAUGCUCAAGUUUCGUAACUCCUUGGUUUAAUCCCAAUAUUCUUUGUAAAUUUGACAGCAAGACUUGUAUGCUCUCUGUCUCAAAUUUACCAGUUAGACUAAGAUUUUGUUCUUUCUCAGUUAUCCUUAAUUAGAAACUAAGGCUCCGUUUGGUAGGGUGUAGAACAUUUUUAGUGUAAAAUGAUUUUCAUGCAAAACAAUUUACAAUGUAAAACGCAAUUCCAAAAUUAGUUUUUCGUUGUUUGGUUUCAUGUAAGAAAAAUAAUGAAAUGAAAGGAAAAUUGGAGAGUAAGGAAAUCGGUUUUCCUUUCAUUUUGAAUGAAAAAUGGUUUUCCAUCAUUGUGAGAGUACUUUUACCCCAAGGAAAAAUGGUUUUACACUCAUUUGCUAACCAAACAAUGUAAAACUGAAAACAUAGGAAAACAGUUUUACAUGAAAACGUUUAUGCUCUACCAAACGGAGCCUAAGUAAAGUGUAAACUACACCACGUGAUGAG